GUUGCCUGGCAACCAACCUUUUAGGUACUGACCCGCCUACCUCCUUAGGUAGCCAAACCCAGCCCGAGAUACCUACGCCACUCUUAUAGCACAACAUGCUGGAUUGCCUCAUCAUGAUAGCACUAACAAAAUAAAAAACUAUAUUUACUUUGCACCUAUACAGAUAUUCAUGGCAAUGACAGAUGGAUUGAGCAGCGACGAUGAAUUCCCAGAGGUUGAGGUCAUCGUCCAGAGGCGCAAACAGGGGACCACAUGCAAGGAUCUCGGUGACGAUAAAGGAAGUGCGCCAAGGCAACCUGGCUCUCCAGAAUCAACACAUAUGAGCUUCGAUAAGGCCCUUGUGAAGACACCUGCUACUGCGAGACGUCGGCGAAGGCUUGGUCAAAGCCAGCCCGUCGACCAUUCACUCCUGAAGCCGUGGGACGGCGUAGAAGUGGAAAACGGAGCAGAUGGCCGACUUCCCAGAUUCAGGCAGCCUUCCAUCAGGCCGGCGGACAGAACAGAAGAAACAGACGCUACUGCAACGGGAGGAAUGAUGCGCCGUCUUCCAGCGAGGACCAAAAUCACCGAAGCUCGUGUCAUGGCUAGCAGUACCGUGAUCGAUAAUCCACCAGAGGAGAGAAAGACACGACGGCUGAUAUCGCGAGGUGCAAUGAAAGCUAUGGAUUUGAAAGUUUUUGAGAAAGAAGUAGACUCUCUACUUACUUCGGAUGAGUUAGAAUCGGAUGCGGAGAAUUGGACUGAAGAUGAGGACUCGGACUUUAUUCUGAGAGGAGAUUCAUCCGAAGCCCUUUCAAUAUCCUCUCAGCCGCGCCCACGAAGCCCGAGUAGCCCUCGUCGCUUGCAGCGCCGUGUACUGUCUUCAUCGAAAACGCCAGCAUGGGCUAAGUCGAGACAAGAUGAAUCAAUAACACUCCCUAAAGAGCAGCGAGAGAAGCAGACCAUAGCGAAGAAGGCGACUACGAGAAAAGUGAAAACCGCGCCUCGAGGAGAUCUGGAGGAUUUCUUCAAGGAACUUAAGAUAUCCUAUGAAGACUCUGAACCAGAGAGACUAGGUACCGGGACUCCACUGGUACCGAUUUUGGACCCUAUAACCCCUAGAAAGAAGACCACAACUUCUCCAGCCAAGGUCCCGCGAAUACCUAUGUCGCCCUGGAAACCAGAGCAUAAGGAAUUCUGGGACCCUGAGGUGAACUUUGCUUGGAUUGACAAGCAUUCACCCCCGAAGAAGACCACAAAAAAGGUGCUGGACCUCGAGGCGUCCAAUGUUAAAGAUGAGCUGAAGCGCAAAUAUGGCACCAGCCCUGAGAAAAAGCAAGCAAAGAAAGCCUUUGACGCCGUCAAAGAAGACCUCGCGCGCGAUUUCCUCCAAGAGCUCGACCAAGUUAUCACGGACGGGAAACUAGCGCAGCUUACAGAGGCGACUGGCGGCCUACGCAUCGUGUGGUCAAACACGCUACUUACGACGGCCGGGCGCGCACAUUGGAAAUGCAAGACAACAACGACGACAUCGAAACAACCCUCUGCAUCUUCAGUAUCGAGUAAAAGCACUGCCAGCACCACCACCGCUACAGCGAAGUCGACAACAGCACAACACUCUGCUCAUAUCGAGCUCGCCCUCAAGGUCCUCUCCAACGAGCCCGACCUGUUGAAUACCGUGGCCCACGAAUUCUGCCAUCUCGCCGUGUUCAUACUGCACGGGAAGCCCAAGCUCGCUCACGGCGCCGAAUUCAAGUCCUAUGGCCAACGUGUCAUGCGGGCGGCCUCAGGAAUCGCCGCCACCGACGGUAAUACAGCCACACUGAAGACGCCGCAGAACUGCAGCGUCGAGAUCAACGUCACGACGCGCCACAGCUACGAGAUCGAGUACCGCUUCGUCUGGCGAUGCGCGGACUGCGGCUGCGAGGUGCACCGACACUCGCGGAGCGUGGACCCGGCGCGUCACCGAUGCGGGCGGUGCAAGAAGGGUAUUCUCGUACAAGUGAAGCCUGUUCCGAGAGGCGGUAAAGGGAAAGGAGACGGGGAAAACAGUGGCGAGCUGGGGACGGAAAAGCUAGAGGCGAAAGGAGAUGGGGUGCAGAAGAGGAAGAAGACAGCCUAUCAGGAAUUUACGUCCCGCGAGAUGAAGGCCUUAAGCGUCUCGCAUAAAAACCUGUCGUUCAAGGACAAGAUGGCCUUGGUCUCAGCGCGGUGGAGCGAGCGUCAGAAAGCGAUGAAGAAGGAGACGGAGGCAGCUGUGCCUGCCGCUGUUAGUGUUCGGGGUUUGACGGCUGCUGUGGGCGUGCUCAGUCUCGAUGAUGAUCGCAGCGAUGGAGGCGGCGUUGAAGCUCAUUAGCGAGAAAGCCGUGUGUGCGGUAUUUCGGCGUAGAUUGUUUAGUUUGGUACUCUAUGUGUUAUUAAGGGGUAGCCCCUGAGCGGUGUAGUUGUCAUAAUCAAUGAUUACCCAGU